GGCCAAUUGCUGGGCCUCCUGAGAGCCGGAGUGCGGUACGCGCACUCGGGUCGGCCGCGAGGAGCUGCAACGGGGUCACAGAGCGCGGAGAGCCAUGGCGAGGACAUUUGGGUUUUCGCCCAUAGGAGGUCGGACCAGGUGAUUUACAGCUUCAGCAAGGUCUUGGAUGGAUUCCAAGGCCUGAAGCAGCUGCCGUUCAAUGGCAAAAAGACCAAGCCAGCAAAGCUUCGCAAGGAUUACUGGUCACCCCUCGCUCACAUCCGAUUCCAGCCCGGCCAGGGCUCCGUUGGCCGCUCAGUACUCCAGAAACUGCGAGAGUUGAAGCACCUCCACGAGGUUGCGUGGACAGACGAAUUGCGACACAAGCGGCCGGAAGAGUUUAGUAGCCAAGACAAGAAGAAGAUUGCCGCCGAGAAGGACAAGGGAAUCGACUACCAGCCCAUCCGAAGCAAGCAGGAGCGUGGCAUCGCCCUCAAUGCGCAGAAGAAAAAUGCAAUUGCCGACAUUGCGGCUGUUCUAGCAGGCCAGGGCCGCGGCAACAAGAUCGUGGCUGCAGAGACCGAGGGAGGAGACAAGGAGCUGGUGGAUGUCACAGUCAGCUGGGCCAACGACCAAGAUAAGAAAUUUGCCGAGUCGUGGUCAAAAAAUGUCACACACACUGUUUUCGAGGUGCCGACAUAUAUCGGAGGAGAGGCCGAAAAGCAGGUUGCGAAGCCAGCAACCGCAUAA